AUAAGGGGGGAGUUUAACCAAGUUCGCGGCCAUGUUGAAUUUCUUUCUGACAGUUAUUCUGAGGAUUCCUUUCCAACUUCAAGAUUGGUAGCUAAGAAAUAAGAGAGCCCGUCAAAUUGAGUGUUGCAUCGAGAAGGAACCUCUCUUAUGGUUUAAUUUUAUUCAGGAGAUGGAUAAAGAUGAACGGAGGAGAAAAGUCGAAGCCGGGCGAGCAAAGCUUGCUGACUAUCGACAGCGUCGUGCGAAAGGUGACGGUGGGAGCACGCAGAAAAAGACGUCGAAGAGGAAGGGCUCGGCUGUCCAGAAGAAUGACAACGGCACGGCGCAAGAGCGCCACCUAGAAGCAAACCCGACGGACGAGCCUGACCAUGGACAGGACUGCAGGACCACGUCUGAGCACUCUCCAAUGUCCUCUGGUGUGGACCACAGCGACCAGGAGCUCCAGCAGUGUAGCAGGCUCACAGAUCAUGCAGAUACCCAGGUGCAGAGCUCCCUUUUGGACACGGCCGCAGCUGACCAGCCUGAGGAAAUGGAGGACGUGGGGCCAAUGAUUGUCCCUCACACAGGCAAAGAGCAGCUCAAGCAAUUACAGAGUGCUGUGGAGAAGAGGAAUGAGAUCAUCUCUCAGCUCAGCGCGAACCUGCAGGCGGCGCUAGAGAGCCGAGACCAAGUGCAGAGGGAGGCACUGCAGCUCACGGAUCAGAUACAGGCCCUCCAGCAGCAACUGCAGCAGACGAAAGAGUACCUGCGGAGCAAGAGCCAGGGGUGUGCUGAGCUCAGCCAGGCUCAGCAGCAUGUUGGCCCGUUGCUGCAGAACCUUCAGGACCAGGGGUCCCAUGUGGACUCUCUGCUGCAGCAGCUGCAAGAGUUGGCGCAGAAAACCAAAGAUCAGCAGUGCCUCCUGUCCCAGAAAGAUUCAGUGAUCUCAGAUCUCCAACAGAAGUUGGGCAUCAUGGAGUCGGCCUUCCCCAACCUCCAGACCUCCGUCUCCCAAAGAGCCUCAUCACCUCCCAGCCUCAUAGACCUCCCUUGCUCCCCGUCAGCGAAGGGCCUCAUUGCACUUAGCCCAGAGAAAAGCACCGAUACUGACCGCACAGACCCUCUUAUUGAAAGACUGCGCGCAGAGCUAGCAGAGGAGAAGGACGCUAGCCGGCAGGCAAGGGACCGCGUCGAACACUUGCAGCAGCUCGUCGACCGGAUGGAAAGCGAUCGGAGCAGCAUGGAAGCCCAACUGGCCGAGGUCCAAGCCGAGCUCAAGAGAGCGGAGUCCCACGCGCACGAGGCUCAGCAGUACAAGGCGGAGAAGGACGAGCUGAACCGCGAGAUGGCCCGGCUGCACGGCCUGGUGGAUGAGCUCCAGAACCGGCUGCGCGAGGAGGAGGAGGCUGCCCGCCUGCUGCGGUCGAAGCACGAGGCGGACAUCUCGAACUAUGACCUCCGCCUGCAGACGCUGCAGGAGGAGAGGGAAAUGGACUUGACCCAGCUGGCCGAGACACAUGAGGCAGCGAUCAAACGGCUACAGGGCGAGCACGACGAAGAGGUCCAGCGCAUCCAGAGGCUGCUCGAGCACGUCCAAGCCCAUGACGCCCAUCUCGACUUCUCCCCCCACUGCGGUGCCUCGGAGGACCUUAGCGAGCGCGUCAGCCAGGUCAAGGCCUCCAAGGAGCAGCAGAAUCAAGACUUGGCUAGUGAAGGUGCGACUAGAGUAGUAGACUUCUGUUUGGACGCCUCGAUUUCAGACGACCAGGAGCCCCUCAUGGAAAUGUACCUGGCUUCCGCCGGACCGCACAACAGCUCCUGGGCUGAGGAGAGUAUGGAGCAGCACAGCUUGCUGGAGACGUCUGCACAGUUUGAGCUGACCAGAGAAGUUGUGCACACGGAGGGCGAGUUUGGUGUGCUUAACCACACAGACAACGCUGCUGACCUCACCGAAGGGGCCUUGUCUUCACCAGAUGAAGGGGGUUAUCCCCCGCCGGAGCAAGGCGAGUCGUUCGUCUCAGAGGGCAUGGACGAGGGCAUGGACCUGGGCAAGGAGCUUCUCAUUCAGCAGUGCCAGGAACUCACUGAUCAGCUGGAGCAGAGCGAGCGGCAGCUGGAGAUCUUCCAGGAGGAGGUGCGGAGGUCUGCCGAGGAGGUGGAGGAGGCGCGUGACCGCUGGAGCAAAGUGUCCGAGGAGCUGGAGGCGCUGCAGCAGGAGCUUGAGAUGGAGAGGGAGGCGCGAGUCCGCUGCGAGGAAAUCCUCAGCCAGAAGGAACACGAGCAGGACAACCUCAAGAACAAGCUCAGUUUCCUGCAGAACCUUCAGCAGGAGCCGGAGCACCGGAGGAACAGAGCCAACGGGGCGCACCAGGAGGGUAACACCCUGCGCCUCACUGGUGACGACUUGAUCAAGGAGCUGAAGGAGGAGAUGGGUCAGCUGGUCGUCCAGUUAAAGCUCCAGGAGCAGCUGGUCAGGGACGUCCAGGACAAGAAGCUGGCUGGGGACUCGGUGAGCAGUGAGCUCCAGGCCGUCUUUGGCCGCCAGGUCUCAGUCGUGCAGGCUCAUCGGGACCAGCUGCUGGCCCAGCUGGAGAGCCAACGUGAGAAAAACCUGGCCAACUCACUGCUCCUGGAGCAGAAGAACCUAGAGGUCGACUCCAUGCACAAGGAGCUCCAGCAGCUCUCUGCCCAGGUGGACGAGAGAGGGGAGAAGCUUCAGGCCUUGGAGAAAGAGAGGACUGAUCUGGAGAGCAAGCUCGUUUGCCUUAAACAGAACCUGACCAACGUCGAGGAGGCACAGAGUCAUGCAGUCUUGGAGAAGGCCGGUCUCGAGAGGCGCAUUCAGGCACUGGAGGAGCAGGUCCAGAGCAUGGAGAGUGUUUUGGAGUCGGAGCUGGAGGACUUCCAGAACCAGCUGGAGGCCAAGGACGUGGAGCUGGAGAAGGCGGAGGAGGAGCGCAUGGAGAAAGAGAAGGAGAAGAGUGCCUUGAUGAAGGAGCUGGAUGCCUUGAGUCAGACUUACGAGGAGCUGGAGAAACGGUACAGAGAGGAGGUGCAGGCUCUCCUGCAGAAGGAGGAGGGCGUGUGCACGCAACUCAAGAGCUGCCAUGAAGAAGAAAUGAAACAUCUGAAGGAGAAACACCAGAAAGAGAUUGAUGACUUAGUCUCUCAGCAUGCUUUGUAUUUGUCAGAGCAAAAGGCCAACAUGGAAGAGGAGCAGAGAAGGCAAAUCAGCAUGGUCAAACAGGUGAAUGAGCGCGAACAUCAGAGAGUGCUGGCGCAGCUGUCGGCCGAGCACAGGGAGACCCUGGAGAGUCUGAGGGAGGAGAUUGGCGGGGAGCAGAGGGACAGCAUGGAGGAGGCGCACCAGGCAGAGAUGGCACAGGCACAGACGCAGAAGAAUCUGGAGCUGGAGGCCCUGCGUCUGAGCCUGAGCAACAUGCAUACGGCGCAGCUGGAGCUGUCCCAGGCCAACAUGCAGAAGGAGCGCGAGGCGGCGCUGAGCGAGCUGCAGGCAGCGCUGCGCGACAAGUGGGCCCAGGAGAGCGCCAUGCUGCAGACGCGCCAGCAGUUUGAGCUGGAGAGGCUCCGUCAGCAGGGCCAGCAACUGGAGGAGCGGCUCCAGCAGCAGCAUCAGCACCACAUGGAUGAUCUCAAGACUGAGUGGGAGAAGCGACUGUCAGAAGAGAAAGCUUCUGCAGAACAGCUGCUAGCCAGUAAAAUACAGGAGCUGAAUGCUCAGUGGACCCAGGAGUCUGACAAGGCCCAAGCGGACCUCCAGGCCCGCGUGGACGAGGCCCAGAGGAACCUGAGUGAGAGCCAGGCUGCUCUCGCCGAGGCCCAGGACAGUCUGGAGGGUCUGCAGGCCUCCCAGGACCAGGAGGUCCAGAGACUGAAUCAGGAGCUGAGUCAGGCCUGUGCUGACAGAGACUCUGCUACCCGUGCUAUAGAGGAGCUGGUGGCCAGUCAUAAGGUGGUGUUACAGGAGGAGCAGGCUCGCUCCCAACAGUUAGAGGAGAGAGAGAAGCAGCUACUACAGGAGGUGGAGAAGCUGCAGAUGGAGCAGGCUGAUCUUAAGGUCAGCUCUCAGCAGGAGGUGGCACAGCUGUGGUCUCAGCUGGAGGCCAUGAGGUCCAGCCGCCUGGAGCUGGGAGAGCUGAAGGAACAGCUGAUGGCACGGUCCUCGCGGGUGGACGAUAUUGAGCGUCUGAAGUCCGAGUUCACGCAGCAGCGGCGCGAUCUGCAGGAGCAGAAUGAGUCGGAGCUGGAGAACCUGCGCACCUACUUUGAGCAGCGCCUGCGGUCCAGCGAGGAGAGCCACCGUGAGGAGAUCGCCCUCCUGCAGCUGCGCCUCAUCGAGGGGGCCCUGGAGGAAUCCGUCUUCAAGACCGGAGACUCCACUUUCCUCUCCGAAGGGAGAGCAGAUGAAGAGCGGGAUGAGAGGAUGGCAGAGAUCACCCAGCAGCUGGAGAAAAACCAGGAGGAGCUGUUGUCCAUGCGUGUGCAGCUGGAGGAGAAGUACGAGCGGGAGCUAGAGUUGCUGCGCUCCAGCAUGGCUCUGGCCCACCGCGAGGAGCUGCUGCAGGUGCGCACGGACAUCACCGACCGCUACUUCAGCGAGAUCCAGGAGCUCAAGAACAAGCACGCACUGGAGCUGGAGCAGCUACGAGCACGCCUGUCCGAAAGCCACGUCAAAGAGAUCACUCGCCUGCGUCUGCAGGCCGCUCAGGACGUGGCGCGUCAGGUGGAGGGGGAGCUGGCGGAGCGCGGCGGGGCCCAGGAGCAGGAGCACCAGGCGCGGCUGGCCCAGCUGCAGGCCGAGGCCCAGAGGCUGCUGGAGCUGGAGGCCCGCAUCGCCCAGCUGACCCAGGAGCACGUGCGCGAGCUGGAGCGCGUCGCUACGCAGCACCAGGACGAGCUGCGCCAGGCGGAGCACAAACUGAAGGAAGGCUUUGCGGAGGAGCUACAUGACCGUCUCGAGGAGGCGCGUAGCGAGGAGCGCGAACGCCUCUCCCAGCAGGCCCAGGAGCAACAGAGAGUCCUGCGCGAGGAGCUCCAGGUCCAGUGGCAAGCCCGACUGGACGAGCAGCGCAGCAUCCUCGAAGCCGAGCUGGACGGGGAGCGGCAGCGUCUGCGGGCACUGCAUGCCAGCCUGGAGGCCGGUGACACCCCGCAGCUGCUCGCCCUCCGCCAGAGGCUGCAGGCGCAGCACGAGGGCGAGCUCCGCACCGCCCGCGCCACCAUGGCCGCCGAGGUCAAGGAGCUCAACACCCUGCUGCUGGAACAGAGCCAAGCUCGCCUGACGGACGUUCACGACAGGUUCCAGGAGGAGAAGAGGGAGCUGGAGGAGAAUCUUGCCCAGGAGAGGGACUCCGCUCUGGGGGAGCUUCAACAGAAGCACCAGGCCGAGUUGGAGGCCCAGAAAGCUGAACUGGACAAACUCACAGCUCAGAUUGAGCAAGUUCAGCAGGAGCGCCAGAACCUGACAGACAAGCACCAGUCGGAGCUCGAGUCCAUAUCCACCAAUCACGAAGCGGCCUUGCAGGCUCUGGAGGCAGAGCUUGCGGCCAGGCACAGGGCGGAGUUUGAGAAGCUAGAGGCGGUCCUCCAGGAGGCUAACGAGGCACAGCUGGAGGCCAAGGAGGUGGAACUGGAGAGGCGACACCGGCGCGCCAACGAGGAACUGGAGGCCAAGAUGCUGGCCAACAUGGAUACGCUUGAGAACACGUACCUGCAGGAGAUCCAGACGGUGCGUGAGGAGGGCGAGGCAGCGCUGGCAGAGUUCAGGGCGGAGCUGGAGGCGCAGCACAAGGCGGAGCUGAAGCGACUGGGGGCCGAGCAGCUGUCAAUUACCGAGGAGCUGAGGAAAGAGCUGGCCAAGGCUCACCUCGACAAGUUCAACGCCAUGGCCACCGAGCUCAACCAAGCCCAUCAGGCAGAGCUGUCGGCAGCCCUGUCCCAGGCCCAGGCGGAGCACUGCUCCGUCCUGGAGGCUCUGCAGCAGCAGGUCCUGGACAUGGAGCAGCAGCAUAGCGCCGCCCUGCUGGAGGUCCGAGACAUGAGCAGCGCAGAGAGGCAGCAGCUGCAGCAGCAGGUUGACAUGCUCCGCACCCAGCACCAGCAGCAGCUGCAGGAGCUGAACGGUGCAUCUGCCCGUGAACUGGAGGCCUUGCGGCGGGAGCUUGAAGAGGAGACAUCGCGCCAGCGCCAGCACUUCCUGGAAGAGGCAGAGCUUCUCAAGUGCCAAUCAGAGGAGCUUCUCCAGCAGCGGAUCAGCCAGCUAAAGGAGGAGAGUGAGCGGGAGAGGAAGACCGCGGAGGAGGAGAAGCAGGAGGCUGUGGAGGAGCUGACCCGGGAGCGGGAGGAGGCGCUGGUGGAUCAGGAGGGGAGGCUGAGGCAGGAGCAACAGGAGCUGGAGAAGAGCUACAAGGACAAGAUGGACCAGCUCAGCGUACAGCUGCAGCAGCUGGACACUGUGGUGGCUCAGUUGCGCAGUGAGGUGAGUGGCCUACAGGGGGAGCUGGCGGGGAAGAGCAGUGAGAUGUCCACAUUGGAGGGCCUGUUGCAGCGCCGCGAGAGGGAGGGCCAGGAGGGAGACAACCUGGUCACCAUGCUCCGCGACGACCUCGCCGAGGCCAAGCAGCAGAGGCAAAACCUGAGCGAGGCCAACGAGCGCCUGCAGCAUGUGGUGCUGGAGAUGCUGAAGAGCGCCAUGGCGACAGAGGAGCUGGUCAGUCGCAGGAUGGGUACGCGCAUGCCCGCCAGCAUGCCCGCCGCUCCCGGCACGGACAGUGGGCUGGAGCACACCACCUCGCGGACCCACGGGCCAGCCGGAGACGCACCUGGGACAGGCUCGGAGCCGGCGGUGGACGGCGAGUGCGGCCCGGACGCCAGCCUGUGGUCGCUGAGCGACGAGGGCCUGGAGCUGUCCCAGCGGCUGUGCGAGAGCCUGUUCGUGGGGGCCGAGCUGCAGCAGGAGGAGCUGCUUCUGGGGGCCGGCGCCCGGCUGCGCUUAUCCGUCGAUAAGCUCCUGGAGUUGGUGGACCAGGUCACUAAACAGGUGGAGCAGACGGAGCGUUUCAGUCAGACCACUACUGAGGAAACGGCUCAGCUGCUGCUACUGCAGCACAAUCAACUCCUGGAGCAGCUGGACCAGGAGUCCAGCCAGAAGGGCCACCUCCAACUGGAGCUGCAUAAGGCUGAGGGUCUACUGGAGGGCUACGUGUGUGAGAAGGCCUCGCUGGAGGAGAGUCUGCAGCAGAAGGAGUCGCGGGAGCAGCGUCUGGUGCAGCAGCUGGAGGAGGCGCGCGAGCAGCUGCAACAGCUUAGCGAGGAGAACACACUCCUGCUCCGCCAGAGGGACGCGCUCAGCGCCGGCCUCGGGGAUGCCGAGAAGGGCUGUGAGCAGAACCCUGUCGGGGAUCCAGGUCUGCUGGAGGAGACCCAGCGUCUGGCGCAGGAGCGCCUGGACGUGCAGCGUCAGGCGGAGAAGGACCGCAGCGGGCUGGGCUCGCGGCUGCGCGUGCUGGAGGCCACGCUGGAGGAGCAGGAGACCCGCGAGGCCGAGCUGGAGCUGCAGCGGCGCGCCCACACCGAGGACCUGCAGCAGCACAUCCACGCCCUGGAGAAGCAGCUCAAGCACCACCGCCACUUCAUAGACGAGCAAGCAGUGGAGCGUGAGCACGAGAGAGACGAGUUUCAGCAGGAGAUCAAGAACCUGGAGGCCCAACUGAAGCUGCCCACCAAAGGGGGCGCCACAGACAACAAGGGCCAAAGAAUAGAGGAGUUGCUUGCUCAGGCGGAGAGCCUGCAGGCCAUCAUCCGUGACAAGAUGGAAGACUACAGCGUGCUGCAGCUGGCCAAAGAGCAGGCCCAGCGCGACGUGGACGAGCGCAACGAGGAGAUCGACAAGCUGACGGGCCGCAUCCGGGAGCUGGAGCAGGCUCUACUGGCCAGCGCUGAGGCCAGCCGAGCAGUCAUGCAGCUGGAGCAGGAGCUGCAGCGCGCCCGCAAGAACCACCAGGACCUCAUACAGGACAAGGAGGCCCUUCAGCAGCAGCAGUAUGCCAACAAGCUGCAGAUAUCUGCCCUGCAGUCGAAGCUGGACGAGACCAAACACCGUCUGCCCGACAACACAGCUGACCACGAACUGCGCCAGGAACUUGACAUCGCCAUACAGGAGCUAGAGAACAAAGACCAACAGGUGGAGGACCUGCUGGCCCGUGUGGAGGAUGUCCAGGCGGAGCUGGAACUCCGGCAGGAGGAGGUGCAGCAGCUGAGUCUGCAGCUGGAGCUCAGCACCAGAGAGCACCAGGCCCGCGAACAGCAACUGCAGGACGCCCUCACUGAGCUACAGGACAUGGUGAGUGAUCUGCGUAGGCAGCAGGAGGAGCAGGAGGAGCAGCAAGACGAGGCGCUACAACUCCCCGCUGCACUCCUGGAGGAGAAGAACCAGGAGAUCGACCACCUCAACCAGCAGCUGCUCCAUUUUCAGCAAGAGCUGGACCUCACCAGAGACAACAGGGCGGCCGAGGAGAAACAGGCGGAGAUCGAGGAGCUGCAGGCUCAGGUGGAGCGUCUCCACGGCGACCAGGAGCGUGUGCGCGAGGCCCAGGAGCAGGAGGUGGAGCAGCUGCAUGAGGUCAUCCAGCGGCUGCAGUCGGAGCUGGCUCAGCUCGCCCCCGACGCCCACGAGCUCAGCGACCCGCAGGCCGAGAGCAGCGAGCCCGAAAGCGCCGGCUCUGGGUCCGGUACUGCCGCCGGUGCCAGCCCCGAGUCCACCGACCUCUCGUGGCACGCGGGGCCAAGGGUCAAGGGUCGCCGCGCUCACGCCAGAAUCCUCGCCAUGGGUCAGGAGGAGAGCCUGUGCCACGAACUGGCCAGCCACAGCCUGCAGGCGUCGCGCCAGCGCCUCCGCAAGCUCCGUCAGGACCUGGAGGAGGCGGCCGCCGAGAAAGAGGCGCUGCAGAGGCUACUCCUCAGCCAGGAGGAGGAGUACGGCCAGCAGGUGCAGACGCUGGGCGCCAGCCUGAAGGAGGAGCGCCGGCGGCUAGCCGAGGGUCAGAGAGAGGCCCUGGAGCUCCGCAGGCAGCUGGAGGAGAGGGAGGCUCAGGUGGAGCGGUUGGAGGCCCGGGCGAGGGAGCUGGAGGACGGAGAGAGGGAGCGCGUGGCCUCCCUGGCCCAGAUGGAGGUCAGAGUGAAGGAGGCUGAGCGGAGGAGAGACGAGGCCCUGAGGGAGCUGGAGGAUGUUGGCGGAGAGGCCCAGCAGCGGCGAGGGCAAGCCCAGGAUGUGAGCUCUCCGAUAGGGGGGAAGGAGGAGCUGAAGGCCCUGGUGCUGGAGCUCCAGAAGAGUGAGCAGGAGAGUAGGACCGCCGCCGAGAAGCUGAGGGCAAAGGUCGCUGAGCUGGAGGAGCAGGUCCAGGAGGGAAGGUCAAAGGUCUUCACCCUAGAGACGAGCAAGAAGGAGCUUAACGUGGAGCGUCAGGCCCUGAGACGGCGCGAGGGGCGGCUCCAAGAGGAAAUCGAGAAUCUCCGAGAGGAAGUGAUGUCAAAGAGCUGCCUGGUGGAGGAGCUGAGCGACCAGCUGGAGGAGCGGGUCAGCCAGAACGAGGAUAGCCAGAAAGAAGUGCUGACGUGCGCGGAGGAGACUCUGGCGAAGGCGGACGCAGCCCUGAGGGAACGAGAGCGUCAGCUCAACCAGUUGAGGGCUGAGCACGAUGCCCUCAGGGCAGAGCUCGCAGCCGUAAAGGAGGGACUUAGCUCCAGCACCGAGCGCGCCGAGAAGCUACAGGAGGAAGGACAGACAAAGGACCGUGCAUUAGCGGACCUCGAGGUGUACAACUCUCGGCUGAAGGCCGAGCUGCGGAGCUUGCAGGAGGACCUGGCCGUGCAGGAGGAGGAGCUGGCCUUCCAGCAGCGUGAGCUGGAGCAGCUCCGUCAGCGCUGCAGCCCCCCCGAGCGCCCUCGUCCACCCCCCCAGCUCGUCUCUUCAACCACCUCCCCCAUCCGCCACCCCCACCACCACCACCAGCAGCAGCAGCAGCACCAACACCAGCGACUGAGCUUCGUCUCCUCCGUGGACGCCUCGUCCCUCUGCUCUCCAGAGCUGCUCCGCCGGCCGGACGCCAGCAUGGACGAGCGUGGCGCCGUGCACCUGCACGCCAUCUCCCACCUGUCGGAGCUUAGCGGCCUGCAGCCGGGUGCCUCGCGCCUCGACCUGCUGCACGGCGGAGGCCGUGGAGGAGGUGGUGGUGGUGGUGGCGGCGGAGGCUCCAGCUGCUCGUCGCCCUCACAUUCCAUCAGCAUGCCUGCGGAGCCGGACGCUGAGGCUGAACGGCGGGUGGCCAGCAGCAGUAGUCUCCGCUCUCCCACCUCGCUCUGCGCCUCCGAUAACCUCUCUAUGCUCGACUCACUGGACGCAGACAAGCUGGACCAUCUGUCCCUGACCCCGUCCAUGCACUCCACGUCCCCCGGCUCUGCUCCAGAGUGGGUCAGCGAUGGCUAUGGCAGCAAUGUGAGUUCGGACCUGGGCGCUCGGCUCAAGUUGGAGCUGGAGAACACUGAACGUUUGGAUGCCCAGUUUGUGGAGUACCUGCGUUACCGUGGCCUCACUCCUGCAGAUAAUGCUGACAGUGCAGCUGGAAGUAUGAACCAUAACGAUGAGCUGCUGUCACCUGAACUACAGACACUACUGAAGAGAGUGUAUCAGGAGAGCUGCCGGGUACUCUCCCUCUCCCGACGCCCCGCCCCAUCCGGCCAGACGGCUUCUGAUUCGUCCCCACCACCGUCAUGGCAGCAGGAGAGGCGGGCCUUGCAGGAGACUGUUCUGUCACUCAGAGAACUGCUUUGUAGGAUGGCCGACAGGGAGCCAAAGUCGACGGGCAGCGAUGCAGACUGGCGUCAGGAGCUGCUGCAGGCCGUGAGGAGUGUGUUUGACGGCGAGAGGGUGUGGCUGCACACGGAGCUGCAGGCACUGCUCUCCCACUCGCACACACCCCACGACCACACACCCCUCAUCAGCCACAUGGAGAAGCUGCUCAGCAAACAGGAGGAGCAGCAGAAGCGUUCUCUGGAGCAGUUGCUGGGUGCUGACCGGCGCAGCCUGCAGUCGGAGGUGCAGAGGCUGCAGGCGCAGUUGCAGACCUGCAGCCGCCAGAGCCAGGAGCAGCUGCAGCAGCUGCAGGCCACGCUCACAACCACACAGGAGGAGGGAAUGCAGAGACUGCAACACCUGCGCAAACAAGUGGAACAGCUUGAGGUGCAGCUGCAGCAAGCGCAGGCACUGUGUGAAGACCUGCGCAGGCAACUGCAGCGCGAACAGGAAGUGACCUCACAGCUGCGGGCCGACCUGGAGGAAACCAGCCUGCAGCUCCACAGUGCCACCAAGAGCCAGGAGGAGCUCCAGACAGAGCUCGGAGUGCUCAGGCUGCGGUUGGUGGCUGAGGAGGAGGAGCAUAAAUCCUGUAAGGAGGCUGUGGAGCGUGAGCAGGCUAGAGUCCAGGAGUUCCAGGAACAGCUACAGCAAGAGUCACUGUCCCAGUCUCUGCGCUCCACGGUAGAGGAGCAGUCCUCCCGCCUCACCCAGCUGAGUGCCAGUCUGGAGCAGGAGCGCGCCACCGCCUCCAACCUGCGGGGGGAGCUGCGCAUCGAGCGCUCCCGCUGCGAGGCCCUGCUGGCCCAGGAGUGCCAGCGGACGCAGCAGGCGACGUGCCGGGCCGACGAGGAGCGCGCACGGGCCACCGGUCUGGCCGAGGCUCUGUCCCGGCAGGGUCAGGAGCACGCACGGCGCCUGGAGGAGGAGGCGCGCAGGCAGGAGGCGGCGUCGGCGCACGACCGGGCGUUCAUCGCCGAGCUGCGCGUCCAGCUGCAGCAGGAGCGGAGCCGCCAACAGCAGAUGGAGGAGGAGGUGGCGGCAGCGACUGUGGCGGCACACAGGAGGGUGGAGGAGGAGCACACACACACGCUGGAGAAGCAACAACAGCGUAACAGCGAGGAGUGUGUGCGUCUGCGUGGGGAGCUGCAUCAGCUGCAGGCCCAGCGGGAGGAGGUGAGCGCGCUCCUCCAGGAGGAACGUGGCCGGGCGCGGACGAUGCAGCAGGAGCUGGAGGCGCUAAGGGCUCAGGUGAGCGCCCUGAAGGAGAGGGAGGUGCAGCGGGAGGAGCAGUGGGAGCGCCAGAGGAGCAGGGAUCGCCAGGAGCAGGCCGACCAGGAGCGCCGCCACGAGAGGAACAGCCAGAAACUGUUGGAGCUGGAGCUGCUGAGGCAGCGGGACCAGCAGCGCUUGCAGGAGCUGCAGCACACCCUGGCCGACCUGGAGGAACAGGAGAAGCAGCUGACGGCCGAACACCUUCAGAGGAGCUCCGAGCUGGGCACACACGCCUCCUCAUCGCAGGCCAACGCACACGCCGCCGCCACCUCUUCAUCGCAGGCCAACACACACGCCGCCGCCGCCACCACCUCCUCUUCAUUGCAGGCCAACACACACGCCUCCCAUACCACCACAUUCAGCUCCCACACAAACACACACACCACACACACAAACACGCACAGCCUGCACGCCAGCAGACGCGCCACAGAGCAGCCCAGCCAGUCUGCUAACCACAGCCAGAACACGUCGUCUUCGUCGUCCUCCUCCUCGGGCAUGCUGGAGCGUCUCCUGAGGGAGAACUCUGAGCUGUCGGAGCGCCUCACCCAGUUGAGCGAGGAGCGCGUCUCCCUCAAACACACUCUCAGCUGUCUGGAGCGGGAGCUGCACACGCACAAACGCAACGAGCAGGUGAGGUCAUCAAGCGAGGUCGCAUGGCAAAAGGAACGCGCCGGUUUGCAGAUGGCCGUCCGCUCUGCUCAGAGCCAACUGGCCAAACUCACCGCAGAGAUCGAGAACAGACCGCUACCUGAGCCCUCACACAGCAAGCUGCAGCGCCUGUACGAGAAGUACCUGCGUGCAGAGAGCUUCCGGAAGUCUCUGGCCUACCAGAAGCGCUACCUGCUGCUGGUGCUGGGUGGAUUCCAGGAGUGCGAGCAGGUGACCCUGGCACUCAUUGCCCGCAUGGGAGCUUACCCGUCCCGAAGCGACCUGCAGACCGCCGCCCAGCUCCGCUCCCGGCCAAUCAACCGCUUCCGCACUGCUGUGCGCGUCGUCAUCGCCAUCGCCAGGCUCAAGUUCCUAACCAGGAAGUGGCAGAGAGCCAUCAAAAGGACUGGAACGAGCUCUACGCAGAUCAACGGAUAUCGAUCCACAGGGACCAGUGCCGUGUCCAUUUUGAGGUCUGACGUCCUGAGGCCACAGCAUCCGAGCUCAGCCUUCAACUCUCCUCCCACCAAGGAACCGCCUACACAAAAGGGUGUGGCCACUCCUCUGGUGCCGCCAAUCAAAUCUCAGCUAAUAACGCAGAACAGGAUGCAUGCGAGCCCGGUGUUGUUGCAGACAGAGCGCUCCCUCUCUGCAUCCCAGGAUGCCGAGCGCUCACUCACGGAGUACAUUCAGCACCUGGAGACCAUCCAGCAGCGGCUCGGAGCCGUCCGUCCGGUCAGCCCGUUAGGCGCGGGCGAGAGCGGGAGACAUGGCCACGGCAGCCUUGCCCACAUGAUGGGCCAGAGGCAGAAGUGGCUGAGUGAGAACAGGAGCUGGCACUAUCUCAGCUGCCUGACACCCGCUUACAUGCUGCCACCCGGGUCCCCCUCGCUGCUUUCAUAUCCGAGGAAAUCCGACCGCUGAAGGAAUGUUAAAACCGCACUUGUGCCAGUGUGUUUUGUCAUGUUCCGUUUUUUUGUACUGGAAUCGCCACCAUUUCCAUAUUUUAAUAAGAACUUUUAGGACUCAUUUUUUAAUUGCCUAAAUUAUUUUUGUAAUCAUUGCAGUUGUGUGCUUUUUGUUUUUUGUACAGUCAUCACAAAAUCAAUUAAUACACUGGUGUCUUGAAUGUGCUUCAAAUAGUGGUCACUAUUUUUUUUAAAUAAAGUUUUUAUAUACGUUUCUAUCUUGUUCUGUACAAAUGUUGCAUAUUGCUAUUCCUUAUAUUUGUAAUGCUAUGUACAUUUAAGAAAGUUGCACUGAAAUCGUACACAAAAAGGGUGAAGUUCUGAUUUAACUUUUUGUAAAAAUGUUUUUUUUAUUUACCAACAUUUCUACAAAAACAAACAUCAAUAAAUAUUUUAUUCCAAA